AUGCGACAGAGAAUCACCUUUGUAACCCCCCCGGGGGCUGGUAUCGGACCCGAAAGUCUAGAUUUGCAAGCAGGCAAUCUCAGGGGACCUUCAACCACCACCACCCGCGAGGACAGACUAACCUUUGCUCUGGCUGAGCUGCCGGCCCAUAUGGCCUCCCUGCUUCCUCGUCUUCGCGAACUGAGCCUGCGGUGGGCAAGCCCGACGGCAUACGAUACCAUAGAGCCAUACAGCUCGAGAAUCCCCCCCGGCUUGCACCUGACCUUUACGCUUGCCGAUAGGGGUGACGCAGAGGCUGAGCGGAAGCUGUGCGUUGCUCUCUCGGGUUUUUUAUCCCUGGACUGUAAGACGAAUGAGACGUUCACAAAGCGAGGCGACGGCCGAUCCUUCAACCUCCCCGACGCGAGCCUUUUCCAGGUGCUGGAAGACCCUUCGCCGCUCACAACCUGGGCGGCGGGAGAGUUCUGCCGCGAAGAGGAUACCGAGUGUCAUGGUCGCCUGCAGAGUCUGAGCACGGGCUCCAGCUUGGAUAUAUCGUGGGACUCGACCCUCCAGACCUUGCGCGUCAACUCCUUGCUGCCCCUCCGUCACCAAGCCAUCGGGGCUUCUGGGUCGCCGCACACGCGAACCGAAGUCGGCAUACUGUCCAAGGACGCGCCGCCUAACCAGCAACCGCAUGAGCUCGGGGUUUCCGGCCUGCUCGUCGUGCUCGAGGACGCGGCAGAGCCGUCCGGCACGCUGUUUUCCUUCCCCGCGCGGCAUCGGCUGAGCAACGCGUCCUUCACGGCGCAGUUUCUUCAACCAACGGGGCUGCAUCCGUCCCUGCAGCUGAGGGUUAGCUCCAACGUGCCGCCCGUGGCUGACGAGCAUUGCGCCGCCUUUGCCUACUUCACGCUGCCCAAGACCAUCUUCACAGACAGGCAUCAACUGGCCGACCACGUCUUCCUAGCGUCCAAGAACCUGACGGCUUUGCGGCACACCAGCCAGCCGGUGGAUCUGGAGGCUCCAGCUUACACCACCAAGCCGUGGGGGUCUAGCGUCCUGCUAGAAUUAGCACCCCCCGGCUCGUACGACGACCCGCAGGCGCAAGAGUGGACAGCCCAAGUCCCGAUGCACCUGCGUUAUUUGAAGCCGUCUCGGAGCGGCAGCGUCGCCGUGGAGAUUCCGUACCCUGCCGUCUUCUGGGCAUGCAGCUCAUCAGCCCAAGCCGACUUUUCCAACAACCCCUUCGACCGCACCCGCCUCGGCUACGACGGGCUUCUCGACACAAACACCGUCUUCUGGCAUGUCGGGCCGCAACCCGUCGCAGCGGACAGGAUCACCGCAUCCUUGUCGGUGCCGGUGCUGGCCGACAAGGCGACGUCUUGGGUUGGCCCGGGGACACUCGCCACGGUAUCGCUCGGCUUUGCGUGGCUUCUGUGGAAACUAGCCGCUGCGUAUUCAAUCUCGGGUUACGGGCACACUCCACGCCGGCAGAGUGCCCAGGCCAGGAAGCAGAAGUAG